UUAAAUACACACACAGAGAGGCUUGGGUUCUUUGGAGAGUGAGAAAUACAAGGAACGUUGCAGAGCAGUUUCCGAUUCUCAUCUCUCUCUCUCUCCCACCGAUUAGGUUUUGCUCUCUCUUCUUACAUUACUCCCCCGUGUGUGUGCGUGAGUGUCUUCCUUGACCUUGCUCCACAGAAGAGAGAUUAGUCAUGGUUGCUGAUUCCGUCACAGACUCUCAACUCUUCCAUGAGUCUCCGGUUUCGAGAGAUUUCGUCAAGAAACGGAAGGCGAAUUGGUUUUGGAAGCUGAAGCAGUGGAAGAUCGAUGCUCGUCGCAGGCAAUGGAUAUACCAAUGGAAGAGAGCAAGCGUAGGUGAAGCAGGGCUGAGAUCUUUGCGUGACAAGCUGAUUGAUAGAAAAACAGUAAAUGAUAGAGUUUCUUACCUUGAAUCUUGGAGUAUUGAUGAUCAUCAUGAUGGACUACGAUGCUAUGAUGAUAGUGAUGACGAUGAGACUGAUCUGUCUGCUAGUAGCCCCACUAGUGUCCUCAAGAAUAAAGACUCCGAUACUAAUAAGAGUGUGCACGGCUGCUUCUGCUGUUCUAAUCAGAUCACUGAGGAAGAGGAAGAAGAAGCUUUUGAUGAUGCGUAUGACAAUUGGGAAGACUUUAGCGAUGCGUUGAACAGCUUUGAGAGCGACGAAGAUAGCCAGAGGAAGAAGAAGUCUUCUCCUCAUAAAGACAAGUGCAAGCAAGAAGCUUCACCAGAGAAGGCGAUUCAUCACAACGCCACCAGUAGAAAGAAGAAUAAGAAGAAGAAAAAGUCUGAUCAGAAGAAAGAAGGUGACGGUGAUGAUGAGAUGAGUGAUUGUCCUAUUUGCUCUGAAGAGAUGGAUGCAACGGAUCUAAGCUUCUUACCAUGUCCUUGCGGGUUUCGGCUGUGUCUCUUCUGCCAUAAGCAGAUCAACGAGAACGAUGGACGUUGUCCAGCUUGCAGGAACAAGUAUGAGCAGACAAGUAGUCACAACAGUGGGGAAGUUAGUUUCCAGCAGCGUGGCCGUGGCACAGUUCGUUUGUCUCCUUCGUUUAAAGGACUUGACAUAGCUUAAGAGAGAAAGAAGAUCGAGAGUUUUGAUGGAACGUUUACUUUUUGGUUUACUUUUAGUAUGUUAGUUUCUCACCAGGAACAACAGUUUUGUUUUAGAUUAUCAUCUCAGGCAAUAAAGGAGUGUUAGACUGGUAUAGGGAUGCAACUACGGUAGAUGCAUUAUUGUAAAACUCAGUCUCAUUACAUUCUUUACAUUACACAACAGUUUUUUUUUGACUAUGGUAACAUUAUUAUA